UCACACGUCAAGUGCCUUCCAUGUUGUGCCAAACCAAAUGUUGUCUUCCUUACCGGUAUGUCAUCGCCGCUUUGAUUGCCAUCGGAAGCUUCUGUGCAUACACGCACCGUAUCAAUUUCAACCUUGUCGUCGUGGCCCUUGCAUCAAGAGGGGCCAAGAACCAGAGUACACCACAUGGAUCCUGCAAUCAUUCCCAUGGAACCGUCGAACAAAACAGCGUUUUGUUUCAGGAACCGUUAUGGGCGAGCACUAUUCUAGCACCCUACACUAAGACUUCGCAGCAUGCGGCAUUCUCAUGGACAGAAUCCCAACAAGACAUUAUGCUGAGCGCAUUCUUCUAUGGCUACAUGGCUCCUCAAUUGUUCUCUGGUCUGGCGGCCGACAUAGCCACACCUAAGCACAUGCUGAGUAUUAGCAUUGUGUUUCCGGGACUUAUCUCUUUCCUGACACCAAUGGCAGUUCAGUGGCAUUGGGAAGCAGUGACCACGCUGAGGGCCCUCAUGGGAUUGGCGCAGGGCUUCAUGACGGCCUCUCAAUACAUGUUGGCUUCAUACUGGGCACCAAAGAUUGAGCGGGCACGGAUUCUGUCAAUUUGCUUCGUAGGAUCUUCUAUAGGCUCCAUCGUCGCAAUGCCAACGACUGGAUUUUUAAUUCAAUCUGACACACUCGGUGGCUGGCCUUCUACAUUCUACCUGUUUGGAGCUGUCACCAUUAUCUGGUUUCUGCUGUGGUCCGUGUUUGCAGCCAACAGGCCCGAAGACCACAGAUGCGUUCCACAUGAACAAUACAUUUCUUUGGACAAUUUGGACAACCCGCUUUAUCAGAAGGUAACACCUCCAUGGAAAGCCAUUCUUACGUCAGGACCAGUGUGGGGCAUCGUGGCUGCAAAGACCGGAGCAUCUUUUGGUUUGAGUGCCUUUUUAACCAAGGUCCCCGCAUUCAUGGACAGAAUACUCUGCAUGGGCAUAAUGAAAAAUUCCAUUAUGAACGCCGUUCUUUAUGCUGCAAUGGCUCUUGGCAUGGUACUGUGGGGGUACGUAGCGGACAAAAUGCGACAGCGGAGUCUUCUCAGCACUACGAACAUCCGGAGGAUUUUCUCUGUUGUAUGCUUUUAUGGCUCGGCAGCCUGCAUCGUAGCUGUUCCUUACGUGGGAUCCAAUUGGACGACAGUGUCCUUACUACUCAUUGUUUUCAUGGUAUUUUAUUCUGCCGAAUCUGGGGCCCACCUGCCUAAUAUUGUGGAUAUUUCUCCACGUUUUUCAGGCACCGUCUUUGGUGUGGCCAAUACAUUUGCCAGUGCUGGAGCUCUCAUUUCUCCACUUGUAGCAAGUCACUUACUCCAUGACGAAGAUGACCCGGUACAGUGGUCUUACUACUUCUACACGUGCGCAGGAGUCCAUGCUUUAGCAGGCUUGAUAUACGUUGCGCUAUGCUCGUCGGAGAUGCAGAAGUGGGUCAGAGAAGCCGCUAGCGAAGAAGAUGAAAGCGCUGCCGACAGGGCGGAUGAAAGAUAAACACAAGGAGACUAACUGUGUCAACUGCAUCGCUUCGACACAUUUGCUGAGCACAUUCUUGGUACAUAAUCACUGCCCGCGCUCCGAACAGCAUUAAUAAUUUCCCCAGAAAUCGGGGCCGGGGUAUAUGUUUAGAGAUAUGCGUAUUAAUAAUACCUCCGAAUGCCUCCAUGCCUUUUGAAUUGCUUGCCCCCGCUUCAUGUUCGCUACCUUUUAUCGGGAGCUCUAGCAGAGAUCAGCAUUUCAAUGAUAAAUUUCAGGAACAAUAUUUUUUGUCAGACAUGCUUAUGGUACGUUUCAUUUUCAAUUACAUGGUUGAAAACAGUAUUGGAGAUAAACCCAGACCUUGGCAACUGCGAGAGAGGAUACACAUAGGCUAUUAAACUUACAUGUGCCUAUGGGAGAAAGGAGGUAGGAACUGGGUUUUAUCAUUAUCAAUUUUAUCUCUAUCAAAACAUCAAAUCACAGGAGCGUAGAGACACUUACAUACCGUUCAGGUGUUGACACCUGUGCGCGCCCAAUAAAUGCGUUGCAAGGCGUCAGGUGAAGUAACAGAAAGUUUAACAGAGUCGUAAGAGCCCUUCAACUCCGUAUCGCUGUCAGCCAAUCAGAGCGCUGUGUCGGAGGCUGACACGUUUUACGGGCAACGACUCCCUGUGUGUGAAAGGAAGUCCCUUUCCGAAUCCGUGUCGUGGAAUCAAGACGGCGAGGCUCGACUACUGUUUCGGGAGCCUCAAAAUGUACACACAAAAGCUUACCGGUGGAUAAUGAUUUAUUUCUCAUUUGUGAAGUACUUGGUUAAAAUCCAUUCGACAACCCGAAUCUUUGCUGCACGGAACCCCGUCUCACAUGGAAGAGUUGUUGAACCGAUGAUGGUAGAUGCGAUGCAGCUGCACCGGUGAACUCUUUAGAAUAUCAAUGUGUCUUCAACAGUCUCCUAGCUCAGUUUCUUCGAGUGCAUAGGGGUCGUGAAGCAUGAUUUGAAGAACCAUGCUGGACUAAAGAAACGCAUAAAACGCGGUUCAUACAAUCCCUCCCAUCGAUAGGUAGCGUAGUCGGAAUUCUACAAUGGGAAGGGGGGCAUGCAUUUCAGUAGGGAGGUUUAUAGAGUAUCGUAAGCGCGCCCCGGCUCCCUAUACGUUUUCCGAAUAGGGUAAGGGGAGCCCUUCCCAAGUGUUUUAGGACGCCUCCCAUGGUACAAUUCCGACCACGUCAAUGUGGCGCCACCCACUAGCGAUGGAAGGAAAGCAUUUAGGUUUAGGAACUAAUUGAAGAGGCCACGUGGCGACGCACUUUGACAACUCCGGUUCCGUUGUGAUCUGUGUCGUUGAUUUGUUUUUGUCGCGUGCGCGUCAUCUGCGGUGACUCGUUACAUUAUUCUUCACUAACCUAUGAAUGAUAUACUCGACUAACUCAGCUGAGAUAGCCUGGAAGAUGCGUUGCUCUACGAGGAGGUUGGCGAGAUCGUCCGCAAAGCGACCACCGUCCUCGUGCGACCGAUUUGACGUAUCACGUAUGUCAGACGAGGAAGUAGUGAAGCAAGUGCCGGAUUUACGGUGCUGGGGGCACGGGGCAGCGUACAUGGUGGGGCCCUCAUGCCUCGUCAGUACUUUUCAGGGUGCGUUAUAAGGAUAAUUUAUAGACAAGUUCAUAGAGAUUCCUGACCCCGGUGCGACUAUUCCGUGCGAUUUUUCAUGAAAAAAAAAGUGCAAUGUACAGAAGCUGGUUCGUUUUACCACCUAGUUUCAAAAAAAGAGUACUGCACCUUAGCUUUUUCAGUUUACAUCUUCUAAGAUCUUGCAUCAACUAUCUUGCAAGCAAUUCAGACUACAUUAAUCUGCUAGCAUAAAUUAGAGCCUUUCAUGGCUUCCUGGCUCUGUAAAAAAGCUAUUCAGACUACAUUAUUCUGCUAGCAUAAAUUUGAGCCUUUCAUGGCUUCCUGGCUCUGGCUCAACAGAUGACAGACAAAUGAGCGCUGUAAAGUCAAGCUGUUUAAUAGAAUGUCCCUUCCAGACAACCACGAAUCCUCUGAGGAUAUACAGAAAUGGUCCAAAUGUCUAAUGUCAUUUCAGCAUGUACACAAGAUAUCCGCAGGACUAUCCUUUUCAAAACGUCAUAUUUUGGGCAUCCAUGGGAUUAUUUUCUGAAAAACAUCACAAUGCCGAUGUUCAUGGGAGCUACUACUUAUUAUGGUGUUUUAUAUUGAUGACUAGAAUCUUGUCCAGUUGGCACUCCGACAUAAAGGGCGGAUAUGCCUCCUGUGAUCUUCCAGAGUCAACACAUUUGUAGUAACUUAUUGUAGCAAGUAAUUUAAAGCACCUAACUGGUCUUUGUAAAAGGUAGAAUGGGCAUAAAAAAUUUCCCAGAAAUGGCCUUGGCGCCAUCCAGGCGCAGAGGCGCCGGUCCUCUACAAGGAAAAGCACUAGCGGGUGUGAGUGCUGUAGCCACCAGCAUGUAACCAUAUUAUAUCGAAAGUGUAUUUUGUGUUCUAGUCAGUUUUGCAUAGCGUUAACUCAUGUCGCUGUUGCAUCAUUGACUUUUUUUGUUAGUGUGCGUCAGCUGCAGGAUAAAAAAUAUGCAAAAUGUUUUAUCUUCAGUUGUUUGUUCAGUUGAACAUGUUUUUCACUUCGGCGUAAGGUUUUCAUUAAUUCCCACAACAUAAACACACAGUGUGACAGGUUCCUCUGAUCUUGCAUCUUGCAUCUUGUAUGUUGCAAUAAAAAUUGUCUGUUUCUUGCAGCGACA